ACGCCAGACAACGUCUACGGUUGAAGCAAAGCACAAAACACCACAUUUGCCCAAACACGACGCGCGUUUCAAGUCGCGCUCAAAACGCACGGUCAAAAGUGCAAUAGCAACAGAAGCUUACCCGCUCAGCCGCUCAGCCGCACCGCCGCUAUACUGCUCAGCCCCAGCGACAAAGUGUAAAGUGCAAAACUAGAAACUCUGUCGACGUCAGCUGUGACAGCGACGGCAGCAUCUACGCAGCUAGCAGCUGGCAGCGCCUUCGUUUCGUGACUUUAAAGUCAGUCUUAGUCGUACCUUUAAGCGCAACGCACGUGUUCCCAGCCUUGUUCGCCUCUCUCCCAUUCUCUCGUCGCGAUUUUGUGAUUUGGUGCCACAAGUGUCUGCAUACAAAAGUGCAACAACAACAAUAACAACGACGACGACAACAACAACAGCAACUAUAACAACAACAGACACAAAAGUGUUGAAAUUUGUUCAACAAAAGGCAAUAUAUUUUUGUGUAGGCUGAAACAAAACAAAAAAAUAAAAAAGAAGAAAAGCACAGAGCGUAGUGGAUAUUUAACAUAGAGCUACAUAUAAAAAUAAAAGUUACAAAAAAUUAAACGCGGCUUUGUUGCAACGUUUGAGCUUAAAACACAAAGGCGCGUUCGUGUCUUAAGUCUUUUGUUGCGCGAGAGUAAUCAGAAAAAAAGUAAAAAAGGCAAACAGUACACUUUUUUUUGCCAAUGCCAUUUGCAAGACGACAACGACACUUUUGAUUUUUGUACCGUGGAUUACAAAAGCAACAACGAUAACGACGACAACGACGACCACUUGUGCAAACAUUUGCCCAACCAACAACAAUUGUUUGGCCUUUUUGUAUUUCCCUGGUGUUUGAGGCAGACACACAAAUCAACUGCGAAAAUCGUUUAAGAACGUGCAUUCCAGCAGGUGUGCAUAAAGAGAAAAAAAAACAUAAACUUCACUUCGAGCUUUACAAGCUGACCAAACAAAAAUAUAUUUUGUAGCCAGCAGCAAUAAACAAUUUAAAAAAUACCCAACUAGCUUUAAAAUAGCCUAACAAAGGCACACAAAUCAAACACCCACCAUCAGCAUCACCAACAACAUCAGCAGCAGCGGCAAAAGCGGCGGCAAACAAACAAACAAAAUGUUGAUAUCAACCGUUUCCACAGACUCCGUCAUGACGGCCACAACAAUCGAUGAUGCCACACAGACCGGCUCCUGGGGUACCCUGAAUACCGCAGCACAACAGCAACAGAACAUACAACAGGCAGCUGUCUCGGUACGACAUGCAUUUAAAACCUAUGGCAAGAAGAAGAGCGCCAAUCCAGUACUUACCAAUCUAAAUAUGACAGUACCGAAAGGCACAAUCUAUGGCCUGCUGGGCGCUUCUGGCUGCGGCAAGACGACACUUCUCUCCUGCAUUGUGGGCCGUCGACGUAUCGACUCCGGCGAAAUUUUUGUGCUCGGCGGCAAGCCCGGCACUCGGGGAUCGGGCGUUCCCGGAAAACGCGUUGGAUACAUGCCACAGGAAAUUGCGCUGUACGGCGAGUUCUCCAUACGCGAGACCAUGAUGUACUUUGGCUGGAUCUUUGGCAUGGAGACUAAGGAGAUUAUGGAGCGUCUGCAAUUUCUGCUGAACUUCCUCGAUUUGCCGUCCGCGAAGCGUCUGGUGAAGAACCUAAGCGGUGGCCAGCAGCGCCGUGUCUCUUUUGCCGUGGCGCUUAUGCACGAUCCGGAGCUGCUGAUUUUGGAUGAGCCGACCGUAGGUGUGGAUCCGUUGCUGCGUCAGAGCAUAUGGAACCACCUGGUGCACAUCACAAAGGCGGGCCAGAAGACAGUUAUAAUUACGACCCAUUACAUUGAGGAGGCUAGACAGGCGCACACGAUUGGUCUGAUGCGCUCCGGUCACUUGUUGGCCGAAGAGUCCCCCAGCAAAUUGCUGUCCAUCUACAAGUGUAUCAGCUUGGAGGAGGUCUUCCUCAAGCUGUCGCGUCUAGAGAGCCAGAAGGGGGAAGUGAGUCACGUGAACUUCAGUAAAAUGGAUAAGCCCAGUUCCAGCCAGGAUGGCGGCGUUGUGGGCCUCAAUUUCCAUCAGAGCAAGGAGAUGCUUGUCCAGAACACCAAUGGCUCCAUUUUCACGCUGAACCAGGAACCCUACACUUCGCCACCACUAAGGCGGAGUGGCCCCAACGAUGUGGAGAGCUGCCAGGACUGCUGUUCCAACAUCUGCAAGAUAACAACGAAGGGAAAGAUGCGCGCUCUGCUCACAAAGAACAUGUUGCGCAUGUGGCGUAAUGUGGGCGUGAUGCUCUUCAUCUUCGCACUGCCCGUCAUGCAGGUCAUACUCUUCUGCCUGGCCAUUGGACGCGAUCCACAGGGCCUGAAUCUGGCCAUAGUCAAUGAGGAAAUGAACAAUUCGAAAACGUGCUACUGGGAAGACGGUUGUCACUUCAAUAACCUGGGCUGUCGGUAUUUGAAUCAUUUAAAUAGCAGUGUUGUCAAAACAUACUAUACGGAUCUAGAGGACGCGAAGGCAGCGGUAAGGCGAGGUAAGGCCUGGGGAGCGCUAUAUAUAUCGGAGAACUUUACGGAUGCUUUCACGGCACGUGCUGCGCUGGGUCGCGACUCUGAUGAAGAGACCAUCGAACAGUCCGAAGUGAAGGUGUGGCUGGAUAUGUCCAAUCAGCAAAUCGGAGUAAUGCUCAAUCGGGACAUUCAACUGGCGUACCGUGACUUUGCAAUGGGCAUGCUGGGGCAGUGCGGCAACAAUCCGAAACUGGGCGAUGUACCCAUACAGUUCAGGGACCCCAUCUACGGCACUAUGAAUCCCUCGUUUACCGAUUUCGUGGCACCUGGUGUGAUAUUGACCAUUGUCUUCUUCUUGGCGGUUGCUUUGACGUCAUCGGCUCUGAUUAUUGAACGCACUGAGGGUUUGCUCGAUCGCUCUUGGGUGGCUGGCGUCUCGCCAGGCGAGAUCCUCUUCUCGCAUGUCAUCACACAAUUUGUGGUCAUGUGUGGACAGACAGCCCUGGUGCUCGUCUUCAUGCUGGUGGUCUUCGGUGUGACCAAUAAUGGCGAUCUUUUCUGGGUGAUUGUGCUGACGCUGCUGCAAGGAAUGUGCGGCAUGUGCUUCGGUUUCCUCAUCUCCUCCAUCUGCGAACUAGAACGCAACGCUAUUCAGCUAGCCCUGGGGUCAUUUUAUCCAACGCUGCUGUUGUCUGGUGUUAUUUGGCCCAUCGAGGGUAUGCCUGUGGUCCUGAGAUACAUUUCGCUGUGCCUGCCUCUAACGAUGGCCACAUCUUCGCUGCGUUCGAUUCUGACACGUGGCUGGUCGAUACUCCAGUGGGACGUCUAUAUUGGCUAUCUAAGCACCCUCGCCUGGAUCCUGGGCUUCCUGGUGCUGACGUUGCUGGUGCUGCGCUCCAAGCGCGGUUAAAUGCGAAAAACGCGACAGCAACUGUAACUUAAAUUUAUAAAGCUUAAUUUUAUGUGUA